AUGGGUCGAAAGAUCUCCAAUGCCUCUAACUGGGUCCCCAUCGCCAAUGAGCCGGUCCUUACACCGCGCAAUCUCCACAUCGUCUGCGAUGGUGCUGGGUAUGCGGGUCUGAUGGUUGCGUACAAAUACAAACACGAAUACCACAUGGACGAUUUUGUUGAUCUGGCCAUCUAUGAGAAAAAUCCCGACGCUGGAGGAACGUGGUUUGAGAGUCAAUAUCCGGGACUUGCGUGUGACUCCCCCGCGCAUAUCUAUACGUUCCCGUUUGAGCCCAACCCCGAUUGGAGUAAACUUUAUGUUUCCGAUCUCGAGAUCUGGCAGUAUAUUCGCCGGAUGACGACAAAAUAUAACCUUGAUGAACAUGUGCGGUUCAACUCGACCAUCACAUCGACGAUCUGGGAUGACAGUAUUGGCCGCUGGCAGAUUAAAAUUCAAUCACCAGACGAUAUACUCAUCAAUGGCUCGGGGAUUUUGAACCGUCGGCGAUGGGCAGACAUCCCGGGACUACAUUCAUUCAAGGGAACACUUGUUCACGGCGCAGCAUGGGAUACCGAUCUCGACUGGACUAGAAAGCGAGUCGCCAUCAUCGGCAAUGGCUCAUCUGCUAUCCAAAUACUGCCACGGACGCAACGUAUAGCCAAGCACAUUAUGACUUAUAUCCGCAGCCCAACGUGGGUCUCUUCCAGCCCAGCGUUUCGAGAGAAUCCCGAUAAGCUUCGUACGCUGCGCAAGUCCCUUGGGCACGAAUCCAACUCAUUCUUUGGUAACGUGAUUCUCAACGAUGGUCCCCAACAGGCUGCUGCGCAGGCGGCUUUCACUGAAGAGAUGAAGAUACGACUCGGUGGUGAGAAGAAUGCGCACUUGCACGAGAAACUAAUCCCAAAGUGGACAGUCGGCUGUCGUCGAUUGACUCCCGGUAACAGCUACCUGGAGGCUCUUGUGAAGCCAAAUGUAACGAUUGAGAUGAGUCCAAUUCAAAAAAUCACGGACAAGGGCAUUGGCAAUGAAGCAUCUACUGAAAAAUUUGAUAUCAUCGUCUGCGCAACGGGGUUUGAUGUUAGCUUCUCCCCAUUCUGGGAGCUGGCGGGUAAGGAUGGAAUCCGUCUGGCGGACCAAUGGAAAGAGAGUCCCGAGGCAUACUUCGGCAUCUGCGCCCCAAAUAUGCCUAACUAUUUCGUCUUCAAUGGUCAAACUAUUGCUAUAGAAGACAUACGAUCUGUGCAAGUUCGCUCGGAUGCCACUCAUGACUAUAAUGUCUACACUCAGGAGUUAAUGGAAGGCACCGCAUGGAGAAGUGGCUGCCGUUCGUGGUAUAAGAAUGGUACGAUAGAUUGCAGGAUAACUGCCAUGUAUGCGGGCAGUGUUAUCCACUACAAGGAGAUGCUCGAAAGCUUCCGCGCUGAAGACUUCAGCAUCGGUUACCGAUGUCCUAAACGAUUCGGGUUCAUGGGAAAUGGAAGAACUAUCCACGAGAAGAACGGAGGGGACCUGGCAUACUAUAUCCAGUAAGGGCCCUGGUCCUAAGCCCUAUGAUUCGUUUCGUUUUAGGCUAGCUUUGAUUACUCAGAUAAAUAUCACGUGUUAAUCUGGCG